GGAGUUUUGUCAACACGUAACUUCGACGACCUUGACGGAUGGCUAACCUUGAGGAUUAUGGAGAGGUAUGAUUACCUGCUGAAGUUUCUGAUCAUUGGAAAUGCUGCUACUGGCAAAACAUGUUUGAUGAGAUGGUUUCUUGAGGGAAAGUUUAAACAGGAUUCGCUACACACAAUAGGUGUCGAGUUCGGAACAAAAGUGCUUAGAGUUGAUUCAAAGUCUGUAAAGUUGCAGAUAUGGGAUACGGCUGGUCAGGAGAGAUUUCAGUGUAUUACACGCUCAUAUUAUCGAGGUGCGGCUUGUGCGUUGGUAGUUUACGACAUCACUGACAGAGAAUCAUUUAACGCAAUUAAUUCAUGGAUUUCAUCUGUUAGAGAGUUAGCUCUUCCAAACCUGACAGUUAUACUGAUAGGAAACAAAGUUGAUUUAGAUGCAAAUUUACGUGAGGUCACUGAAUUAGAAGGAAAACAGUGUGCUAUUGAUAAUGGAGCUUAUACAUUUUUGGAAACAUCAGCUAAAAAUGGUUCGAAUGUUUUGGAUGCAUUCACCGCUGCUGUUCGGAGUGUUCUAGAACAAAUUCAAAAUGGUUCUAACCCAACCCAAAUGUCCUAUCCAGUUGGAAUUGGUCCUGCCCACUUAACUUUUCCCGGAUCAAAUGAAUCUGUCAACAGUACAAAGUCAUCUAAGCUAUGUUGUCGUUCUUAGUGUUUGUUCGUUUUUGAAUCACAGUUGUCUUUAUACCUUUCCACGUAAAGAUCUUUGGACGUAUAAUACUUCAAAACAUACUACUUAUUAUGUCUGUGAUAAAUUAUGAUUUUUAUUGUUUAUAUAAAUAAUAUCUAAAUUUCAUAAGUUUAUAUAUAAACGUUCAACUGUAGGUGAUCCAGUUGAAUGUUAUGAGUAUCUUUUUUUUUUUUUUAAAAAAAGAGAGAAUUAUACAAUUUCAUUUUGGAAUCCGUUUGACUUCUAUUCAUUCAUCAUAAUUUUCCCUCCCCCCUCCCGCCUUUUUUUUAUUCUUCUUUUUACAUCGUUCAAGGAAUUUCUCUCAUUUUCAUUUCUUUUUUUUUGAAAAAAAUAAUCUAAGAUAUUUUGAGUUGAUAAAUUAGUUACUAUUAUGGUGAUAUAUAUAUAUAUAUGAUAUGUUUAAAAUACAGUUAUAUACCUUCCAAUGAAUUUGCUGUUUUCAACUAAGAUACUAAAAUGUUAAUAUUUCUCGACAUUUAAUCAUUAUCAACUAAAAGAAGAAGUUGAAUAAUCUUCAUUUUGGUUUCUCAGACCGUGUAGCUUGUAGCCUCUCUAGGGGCGGGGGCUACUUCUGGUCCCAAGCCCCAGAUAAAGGAGGAGAGUUGGGUAUGGGGUUAGCGACUUCAUCACGUAGAAAACUAAAUCGCUAAAAAAAACGCUAAACGGGUACGGUUAAACCAAGGGUUAUAGAAAUCACAUUCUAAAUGAUUGAUUCUGAAGGAUAGCCUAAUGUAUUAGGUACUCACACUUUUUUUCAUAUAUAUCAUCGUCUUCUGGAAUAGAAAGUCGAACUUCUAAAUUUCUUUGUCUUCGCAAUAGUUAAGGUUUUGUUCAUUAGCUAUCAGGGAGAUUACCCAAGUUCUCUCGAGGAGUAUUCGAGUUGCGUCACCACAUUAGGUGAGGUAUUACGUCAACUAUUAUGUAGUCAUAUUCGAAUCAUAGCAGCUUGUAAGUGGCUGUAACAAGGCAACGAAAUAUCCAAUGAAUUCAUAUACUGACGAAGAGACAAAUUAUGUAAAACAAUCCUUAUCGUACAAAACUAUGUAGGCCAGUGGUUCACUAAGCUUUCAGCAACUUAUUCAAAGGUUAGAAUUAUAUUUUAAGUGAUUUCUAUUUAGAAAUUAAUUAUGGAAUGAGAUUCCAAAUAUAAAAACUACGCUUCAUCCUAGUUCAGAAUUAGGAAGUAUGGUCUAAAAUAAAAUUGAUAAAGUGUGUUAUGCUUAUUGUUACAAUCAAUCUCUGUAGAUCAUUAUUUAACUUAUGAUGAGAAUAGGGUAAAUCUAUCUUAGCAAAAGAGCUUAAUUAGGAUUUCAUACAGAUAUUUUUUGCUGCUCCCGAAUGUCCUGGUAUGACCGAGGGUGGAGAGAGUCAGCUCUCCCUAUCCAAUGCUCUCAGAUAACCACGUGCAUACAACCACUUUCAGCGAAGUCCUACUCACUACCUUCUCAGGGCGGGGUUAUUGUUUACGAAAUUAAAAGGACAAGAAGCGAAUAUCUGUCGCUUUAACCGUGUCGGUUGAUACGGAGGAUCCAUCUAGGAUAUUUUGAAAACCCUAAUUCCAAACCAAUAGUGCACAUGG